AUGUCUCUAACACCUCUAACACCGCCACCGCAACAAACUGUGAAAUCUGAACCAAAAGAGCUGACAUGUCUUUGGAGUCAAUGCCUCAAGGUGUUUGACGAUCCCGAAAUAUUAUAUCACCACUUGGCGAACGAUCACGUAGGCAGAAAGUCGACGGGAAACUUGUGUCUCGAAUGUCACUGGGACAAAUGCGAAGUUGUUACUUCUAAAAGAGAUCACAUCACUAGUCAUUUGAGAGUGCAUGUCCCGUUGAAACCGCAUACUUGUGAGACAUGUAAAAAAUCGUUUAAACGGCCUCAAGAUCUAAAGAAACACGAAAAGAUUCACACCGAAGAGCACCAGCAUCAAAUUUCAAUGCAUAAAAGCGAACGCAUGCAAAGAAAUCAACAACUUCAAGCGCCCACGCCACCACAUUAUCCUCGAUCAGCUCGUUCUUCGUCCGUUGACUCUACCACUUCGUCACAUCCUGGCCCGUUGUCGCCACAGAGUAUUGCAUCAAAUGGAUCAAAUCACGAUAGAACCGUUCUUUGGUACCCUACGAAUAGUCGAGUGUCAAAUAAGAGGGGACUUGAUGUUCUUGAUGAAUUGUGUUGGGAUGUGAAGAAACAACGGGUGGCACCAGUCUUUAAUCAAGAAAUGUCGGAUAGACUCAACGAACUCGACUUUAUAUUAGAAAAUGACAACUUAACUCUUCCAACCGCAAUUCGUACCAAACAAGACCUGCAACAGUUUAACAACUUCCUGGUUACUCUGAAUGCUCAAUGUGGGGGCGAAUUCUUGGACCCAAAUCUGUUUGACGAUACAAUCAUUGGCGGUGUGGGUGCAAAUGCAGGUGAUUUUUCCGCUGGAUUGUUGGCAGAUGUUACCACCUCCACAUAUUCGAAUGUUGCUUCGCUGACAUUACCUACCGACGACUUCACUACGAAUUGUGAAAGUCUCUAUCCAAGUUUGAAUCUGUCAAAUACUACCACUAAUGCCACUUCAGCUGGGCUCGCAAAUCCCGAUAUGUUUAUCGGUUAUCCUGAUGAAUUGGGUGAUAUCUAUCCAACAAUACCAAGUAUGACAUCAUCUCAAAGUUCAUCAACACUUUAUACUGCUAAUACCUCAACCAGCAGUAUUUCCGGAUUGCUUAGUCCACCAGAAGAAAUUAAAGACAGUUUCGUAGAUUAUUAUUCAACUACGAAUGACAUUUUCGCAGAGGGUGUCAAGACUGAACAUAACUUCAAUGCGAAAAUUAAUCCUGAUUAUAUUACCACUGAAGAUCCGUUCAUCCCUGGUCAAUUGAUUGAUGCUCCAAUUAUCUUUAAAGAAAACGACGCUAAAAAACAAAAGGACACUUCUACUAUUGUUAAACCUAAACCUUCACAGGGUCCAUUCCUUUACGAUAAACCCAAGGGUGAAUCUUCCUCGGUCACUAAUUCUGGUUCGCAAACCUCCGUUACUUUAUCUUCAUCAAAUCGAUUCGGUCAAGGCGCAUUCAGACCCAGAAGUCUCAAAGUACAGCUACCGCAAAAAUCUGGCACCGAGACAACAUUAACAGCAGGAAAAGAACCAGAUCCAGUUGAUUCAUUAUCCAAAAAAAUUGCCGACAUGGAAAUUAGAGAUUUUUCGAAAAAUAAAAAAGAAUCCAUACAGGAUGAAAUUCACUAUUAUCCUAAACCUGUGGUAUCUUUGUCUGGAGGUGAUGACGCAGAAUUACGCAGACAAAAACAUGCGCAACUUAUUGCUACUCUAUUCAAAAAAGUCAAUCAAAUGUAUCGGGAAAUGGACAAUUCUUUGGCAGCUGGUCAACACACUACUGCGACUUCUAAAAAUGUAUUGUUAUCAUCCAAUUUAUCAAAAGGAGUUGGCAUAAAGAUUAAAACAGAAGAACGUGACUGA